AUGUCGGUGGCUUCAUAUUUACCCGAAACCAAUGCCGGUACCGCCACAUCAUAUUUACCACUAACCACGCCCUGGGGCUGGAAUCCUAAUUGCUCUAACAUCCUUCAAUGGCAUGGCGGCUAUCUGUGGGAGUUUUACCCAACAGGUAGUCCUGAUGUGCCCACCGCCCUUCCAUGUGCGCCACCGCAAUAUGAACAGUGGUAUGACGGAUAUGACCAUUGGCUUGCUAUAAGAUUUCGCGCAACUGAGUCCUGGAUUGGCCCUUUGGCUAGCCCUACCAACGUUCCUGUUGCAUCUACCGUUGUUAAAUACCAGUCUCGUACAUUGUCCGCUUAUUGUCCACCAGAAUACACCUUAAAUGCAGUGGCUCCUAUGGGUUCUAUGGAUUAUAUUCCCGAUUGCACAUCUGCCAUUCAGAGAAGAACUCCAGUUACCUACAUGACACAUGAUGGCACAGGAGAGACCAGGGUGAAGACCAAAUUUGAACACCCUAUGACUGCACAUGCGGUUCCUGUGCUUGGUUGGAAUAUCAAUGACCCUGAACCUGGACCCGCCACCGCUACUGCCACAGCGACAAGCUCUUUCGAUGCAACAUCUUCCACGUCAACACAGGGGCCUAUACCCGGAAGCAAUGGCCUUUUAGCAGGAGCUAAAGUGGGACUUGGUGUUGGCAUCACUACGGCCAUCACGGGAGUAAUAGUGGGCGCGUUUCUUGUCUAUUUACGAAUUAAGCGACGUGCCGAUAAAAGUGUCACAACUGAAUUACACCCUUGGAUGUAUGGUCGCGAACCCAGCGAGUACGAGACACCGGUACACUCUGCAGCAGAGCUACCUGCGAUACGGGAACCAACUGAGAUGGAGGGGUAA